AUGGUCCCAGCAACCGCAUCUGCAGUUCUGAGCUUCGGCAUGAUUGUUGCAUCAUACAUGAUUCCAUGGGCUUGCAUUGCUUCAGACUUAACAACCUACUUUGACCCAAAGGUCCGCUGGGCAUCCUACCUGGGCUUGAUCCUUCCUACUGUCCCUCUAAUGACGCUAGGUAGUGCAAUUGGCGGUGCCAUCACCAACGUGCCUGAGUGGCAAGAGGAAUACGACAAGACUCUAGUCGGUGGUGUAUUAGCUGCCAUGUUGUCUCCGGCUGGUGGCUUUGGAAAGUUCGUUAUCGUCAUCUUGGCAUUCACACUACUCGGCAACGUUUCUGGCACUCUCUAUGCCAUUACACUAAAUUUCCAGACGCUGGUACCUUGGCUCGUUCGAGUUCCUCGCUACAUCUUUUCAGUCAUCGUCACAGCCAUCAUGAUCCCGGUCGCUAUCAAGGCAGCUGAUGACUUCUUUCUUAACUUGGAGAACUUUGUGGCUUUGAUCGGGUACUGGUCUGCCUCCUUCGUUGGCAUUGUGCUAGUAGAGCACUUUCUGUUCCGCAAAGGAAACCCCAAAUUGUACGAUCAACAUGUUUGGAACGUCUCUUCCGGUCUUCCCAGUGGGGCGGCGGCACUCGGGGCCGGCAUCUUGAGUUUCGGUCUCGUCAUCCCUUGUAUGGCUCAAGCCUGGUGGACGGGACCGAUUGCAGAAACGACGGGCGAUGUGGGUUUCGAGGUUGCCUUCAUAAUGAGCGCCAUUUUCUACCUCCCCUUGAGGUAUUUGGAGCACAGAAUUCUUCAUCGAUAA